AUGACUACUCAGGAGAAUAUUAAACCAUUAGUGGACAGAAUAUUAUCAAAUCCUUUACAUUUUAAAUUAGCCUCUAAUAAAAAGACUUCUUUAAAGGCUUCUAUUACAUCAUCAGAAUUAUUAAAGAAUCCAUCGUAUUUAGUGAUUAGAUCAGCUAAUAAUAAUAAUAAUAAUAGGAAUGCAGUAGCUAAGAAAGGUAAAGAUAAUUCAAAUAUAAAAGAAAACGAAUUUCAAUCUACAGAAAAGGAUUCUUUGUCAAAUAAAAAAUCGAAAACUAAGAAACCAACAUCGAUGGCUGAAGCUUUAGCAAUGUAUGCAUCUACCGCUACCACCAUUUCUAAAACUGUUAAUAGUAGUAAUAAUAACCAUGCCGAUACUAAUAUUGUAACUACUGAUAACAAAUCGGAUCCUAUCGAUUCAAUUCAACCAUCUUUAUCUUUGCCAACUACUCCAGAGGGUACUAAUGAUGAAGUGAUAGAUGAUAGUACUAGUAGCGAAGACGUGUUUCAUGAAGCCAAAGAAUAUAUAUCAUCAGCAAGUGAUGAAAAUGAAAGUACAGGCAACGAUGAUACAACUGACAAUAAGAUAUCCGACAUGGUUUCUUCUUUGAUUUCAGAACCAAAAAUAUCUUUAUCAGAUACUGAUAAUAAUAAUAUGGAUGAAGAUCUGGGUGAAGAUAUAGGAGAAGACAUUGGAGAAGAUCUUGAAGAAUCAUUAGAAUUGGAUAUCGAGACUAAGAAAGAUGGCGAAUUGGCUAGCAAUAAUGAGGAUGAGGAUGAUGACGGCGAAUGGGAAGGACAACUAGAUUCAAGUGAACAAGAACAUGAUGAGGAUGAAGGUGAUGGAGAUCAAGAAGAUGACAGCUUAAAUAGCAAUAAUAAAGAAGUCAACAAUUUAGAAAUUCCAGAAGAUGAGAAACGUGCUCUUUAUGAUGAAUCUAUGGAAUAUGAAAGAUCUAAAAAAGAAAAUGAACAAUUAAAAAAAUUAAAAUUAGAUAUAACUAUGCGUGAUAUUAUUCAUCCAAAGAGGGAAAAUAUUAACAAUGACGAAGAAGAUAAAGAACAGAAUCGCGACAAUAAAAUUAUGAAAUCUAGAAACGUUAAUUACAUGGAUAAGAACCAUGAACAAGAUGAAAAUGAAGAUGAAGAUGCUGAGGGGGAUGAGGCAUUGAAACAUAAAUUACCUUUAUCUCAAAGGUCAGUAACACCCCCAACAACAAUAUCUGAUAUUGAUGAUUUUUAUAAAUUCAAUGAAGAACAAAAUGAUCAAGGUUCUAUUUUACCUUCACGUAUACUGAAAAAUUGGGGUCCAGAGUUCUCAACGCUAAAACCUCGUGGACUAUUAAAUCAUGGUGUCACUUGUUAUACCAAUGCAGCAGUGCAGGCAAUGUUACAUAUUCCAGCAAUUCAACACUAUUUGAUUGAUAUCCUAAACGGUAAAUAUAAUAAAGAACUUAAACAAAAUUCAGUUUCUGAAAUUUUUGCCGAGACCAGUAAGAAAAUGUGGCUUCCAAAUGACAAAAAUAAAAAGAAAACCAGUUCUUCUGGGUUUUACGAUCCAAAGAGAUUGAUCUCGAGGUUAGAAGAUAUAAAUUUUUCGAUGAGUGAAUGGCAACAAGAGGAUUCUCAUGAGUACUUCAUGUCUCUAAUGUCACGUCUACAAGAAGAUUCUGUGCCACCAGGUCAUAAAUUGACAGAAUCUAUCAUAUACGACAUAUUUGGUGGCCUUUUGAAACAAUACGUCACUUGUAAAUCAUGUGGCGAAGUUUCAAAGACUGAACAGCCAUUUUACGAUUUGUCAUUACAUUUAAAGGGUAAAAAAAUCGUAUCACUUUCUUCAGAUGAUAAAAAAUCACCAAAGGGUCAAGAGAGAGAAAAUUCUAAGUCUCCUGCGAAAUCUCCCCAAAUUUCGAAUGGAGAAAAUGGUGAAGCUAUUAACCGUAGAUUUUCUAUUGAGAAAUCCAUCAAAGAUUUUUUCAAUCCAGAAUUAAUUAAAGUGGAUAAUGAACAUAAAGGUUACGUUUGCGAAAAAUGUCAUAAGACAACUAAUGCUGUGAAACAUAAUGCUAUUUUAAGAGCCCCAGAAACAUUAUUGGUUCAUCUAAAGAAAUUCAGAUUCAACGGAACAUCAUCUUCUAAGAUGAAACAAGCUGUGUCAUAUCCAAUGUUUAUGGAUCUUACAGAGUAUUGUGACACAGAAGAUAUUCCAUCUGGGAAAAAACUUCUACCCGUUAAAUACCAGUUGAUAUCUGUUGUUGUUCACGAGGGCCGUUCAUUAUCAUCAGGGCAUUAUGUCGCUCAUUGUAAGCAACCGGACGGUUCUUGGGCUAAUUAUGAUGAUGAAUAUAUUAACAAAAUGUCAGAAAGAGACGUUUUGAGAGAACCAAAUGCAUAUUAUCUAGUUUAUACUAGACUAACACCUAAAGCCAUAAAAUUGAAAAAAUCGAUCCCACAAAGCAGUUUCCUAUCAUCAGUAUCUAAUGGUAUUUCUAACAAUGAAGGUAGAGACAACAGAUCGGUAGCCACGACUAAUAGUAAUUCCUCAAAAAAUAGCAAUAACAAAAACAAAAAGAAUAAGAAUUGGAAUAAGAACAAAAAGAGAAGGUUUAACAAAUAUUGA